AACUCAGGUAAACGAAAAUUAAACUAAAUCAUCGACAGAUUUAUUAUUAAAUUGAAUAACCCUUCGAAUUAUAUUUACGCAGUGUUGUGUUAAUUUAAUUAAAAAGUGAUUCACUACAAUUUUAUUUUUACGCAACAGAGAUUUUUAAAUAAUUAGGAAUAUUAGGUUAUGUUUAUAUUUCGUCUGGAUUUUAAUGGGAAAGUUUUGUUAUAAAAAUUUUCACAUUAUUGUGACUUUGUUUGUCUUUUAGUAUGAGAAAAAUGUACAUCUCGAGUUUUCCGGCACAUUUUUUACCUCAAACAUUCCGUUAUUAGUCAAUGUUAUAAAAAUAGACACGGUUUUAAUAACAUCGCAUGCAUCAGCUAUUCAUUAUAUCAUAUAACUUUGAAAAUAAUACUAAUUGAUAGUAUAGUGCGUAUAAUUAAAAAAAUAAUCCAUUAUAAACGGAUAUUUUAUAAAACAUAUUAUUAUUACAUCUGCAUAUAGUUCGAUAAUAGAAAUAAUAAAUAUUAACGCCAUCUAUGGUUAACCGUCAUGUAUACACCAAUAAGCGUUUUCAAAUAUGGCAGUUUUAACCCAAGAAUUCUUCCACAAGACAAAUGACGAUCCACUUUCAUUAAUCCCACACAAUCCAAUUUUGUGACGUCAUAAAUUACAGCAAGUGUAGCCAUUAUGAUCCGCUUAAAAUUUAUUUCAAAAUUUAGAACCUAUUCAUAUUUUAUUUACCUAGUAAAGAGAGAUUUAUAUGAAAAAAACCACAUUAUUUAUUGUUAUACGGCUUGUAUCUUAUAAAGAGAGGUAAUUUCGUGUAUUCUGUGACGUCAGAAGAAUGUCUCACAGAUUUGGUUAAGUAGACCAUCCUUUGUUAAGUGGAAGUCCUUGGUUUUAACCCUCAAUUUGUUCUUUUGACCUUGUUGCACAUUAUAAUACUCAGAUUUUUAUCGUUCACGAGAUUGUUACAUCAGUUAACGGUUGUAAAUAUAUUUAUAAAACGUCCAAGGUCUUCUUUUAUAUCAAAAAUGUAUCAUGUAAUAUUAAAAAUGUCUAAUAAUUUUUAUAUAUAUGUAUAUCUACGGUUUUGUUAUUGUUUUUUUUUAGUAACCUUGAUCUUAUAGAUCAAAGAGGUUAUUUUAAUUUCGUAAAUCGUUCAAUGAACUAGAUUAUGUAAUUCCGGAGACAUACAAGGUAUUUGCCAAAAACAAUAUUUAUUUCUAAUAUAUAAUUAUCGAAUCAUACAAUUUUUGAGUCAUAUGUUAUAAAAAUACCGCAUAAAACUUGUGACUGAUAAUAUUAUCUAAUUAAACAAUUGUGUUAUAAAUUGAAUCUAAUAUUUUAACCUUAAAAGAAGAUCGUUUGUAAUUUGUGUGGCCUACCAAGUAGUGAUAAUAAAACAUUAACAAAUUUAAAAGUUAGGUUAUAAUAUUAGAAAUCUCAAAACCCUCGAGAUUAAAAGUUUUGACGCAGUUGUUAUUAAUAAAAAAUUAAAUUAUUCAAUUGAGUUUAACAAAUUAAAUUUCGCGCAGAAUCACACGUUAAAUAAUAUGACAUUUUAUUGUCGAGUACUAUGUUGUGUUGAUUGUUAAGUUUGUAACAUUAAGUAUUAAAUUCAUUAUUUAUCAAGUUUAAAAAAAUGUUGCUAAAAAGUGGGAAAGUAAUUACGAAAUUAUUGAUACAAACAAGAAAAAUGCAUCUUUUACACGACAAGACGUACAUUAAUGGCCAAUGGAUUUCGGCUGCUAGUAACAAAAUUUUCGAAGUUCUAAAUCCAGCUGACGGUAGUAUUAUUUCUACUGUACCCGAUAUGGAUAUCGAAGACACUCAAAAAGCAAUCGAAUCCGCCGCAAACGCUUUCGAAACAUGGAAAAACACAACACCAAAAGAACGUUCGUAUUUUUUAAGAAACUGGUACAAUCUACUGAUAAAAAACCGCGAUAAUUUAGCAAAAAUCAUAACAUUAGAAUCUGGAAAACCACUUCCCGAAGCCCUAGGAGAAGUAAAUUACGGUAACAGUUUUGUAGAAUGGUUUUCAGAACAAGCUAGAAACGUUCGAGGUGAAAUAAUACAAAGUUCUACUACGACAAAAAAAAUUCUAGUCGAACAUUAUCCUAUAGGGGUGGCAGCUUUAAUAACCCCUUGGAAUUUUCCACACGCUAUGAUAACAAGAAAAGUGAGCCCAGCGUUAGCCGUUGGUUGUACUUGCGUGAUAAAACCAGCCGAAGAUACGCCUUUAACGGCUUUAGCCCUCCUGGAAUUAGCAGAAGAAGCCGGAAUACCUAAGGGGGUUUUAAACAUUGUAACCAGCGGUAGAAAAAACGCACCGAAAAUAGGUAAAUUAUUAUGCGAAAGCUCUUUAGUUGCAGGUAUUUCGUUUACCGGUUCCACUCAAGUAGGGAAGAUUCUUUAUAAGCAAUGUUCUGCUGGUGUUAAACGAUUAGGGUUGGAAUUGGGGGGUAACGCCCCGUUUAUAGUGUACAACACAGCUGAUGUGGAUAAAGCGGUGGAAGGAGCUGUGACGGCUAAAUUUAGAAACUGCGGUCAAGCUUGUGUAGCGGCUAAUAGAUUUCUAGUACAAGAAGGAGUGUAUGAUAGUUUUGUGGGGAAAUUAGUGGAUCGAGUUAAGGAUCUUAAAAUCGGUUGUGGUUUCGAUAGCGGUGUACGAAUCGGACCUUUGAUAAACCGAGCACAGUUUGAAAAAAUAUCGAAUUUAGUAGGAGACGCUGUGGCUAAAGGGGCUAAAGUCGUGAUAGGGGGUAUACCGGCUCCGAAAAUCGGGGAAUUAUUCUACGAGCCGACUGUCGUCGUUGAUGUUAAUAAAAAUACGAUGUUGUUUUCUGAGGAAAUAUUCGGACCGGUUAUUGGUAUCGUUAAGUUUAAAACGGAAGAAGAAAGUUUGGAUAUAGCUAACGGAACGGAUAGGGGUUUGGCAGCUUAUUUCUAUUCGGAAGAUAUCAAGCAGAUAUUUAGGGUGAAUAGGAAUUUGGAAGCAGGGAUGAUUGGGGUUAACGAGGGACUCAUUUCGACAGUCGAAGCUCCUUUCGGGGGUAUCAAAGAGUCAGGAAUUGGUAGGGAAGGUUCACAUCGCGGCGUCGAGGAGUAUACUUACAUCAAAUAUACUUGUAUUGGUAAUUUGGAAUGAAUUAAUAUCAAUUAUUGUUAUACAAGAUGUCCUAAGUGAAAUUUGCAUCUAUUUAUAUAUCGAGUUGUAAUUAGAUUUGAAAAAGAGAUUAAUUUUGAUUUUUAGAGAAGUUAAGUUUGAUGGUAGUCUCUAAUUUCUAAUUUUCAUCCCUUUAACGACGAAAACCAACCCUUAAAAUAACUAAAAUAACCCAAUUUAUAAGCUGCUUCAAUUAUUUAUACAAACAACAAUAUUAUUUAAAAAUCAAAUAAAAUAAAAGUCAAAUUUACCCUAUUAAGGGCUCAAUUGUUGUGGUAAUUUAUAACUUAUGUUGUUUACCCCUUUAGUAUUCAAAAUAAACCCAUAAAAUACCUAAAAUAACUUAUUUUCUAAGUUGCUUAGAUUACCAAUCCAAACAACAAAUUAUCUUGAAAAAAUUAGGUAAUAUCACCCUGUAGAUGGCUUAGUCGUGUAGUUCAUUGAAAAUUCUUGUUUUUUAUCCCUUUACAAUCCAAAAUCAACCCUUAAAAUACCUAAAAUAACCCAAUUUUGAAGAUGUUUCAAAUAUCUAUGCAAGUAUCAAUAUUUUACAAAUAUUUAGGACGUUUUCACCCUACAGAAGGCUCAAUUGUUAUGGUAAUUAGAAAUUUUUUGUUUUUCAUCCCUCCAAUACUCAAAAUCAACCCUUAAAAUAUCUAAAACAACCCAAUUUAUAAGUUGCUUUAAUUAUUUAUAUAAACAACAAUACAUUAAAAAUACAAGUCAAAUUUACUCUUAAUGGCUCGAUUGUUGUUGUACUUUAUAAUUUAUGUUAUUUACCCCUCUAGUAUUCAAAAUCAACCCUUAAAAUAUCUUAAAUAACUUAUUUUGCAAGUUGCUUCGAUCACCAAUCAGAACAACAAUACAUCUUGAAAAAAAUUGAAUAAUUUCAACCUGUACAAUGCUCAAUCCUGUUGUUAAUUGAAAAUUCAUGUUUUCAUCCCUUUAAUACCCAUAACCAACCCUUAAAAUACCUAAAAUUACGCACUUUCGAAGUUGCUUCAUUUACCAAUAAAAACAACAAUAUAUCUUUAAGAAAAUAAGCUAAUUUCACCCUGUAGAUGACUCAAUCGUAUUGUUAAUUGAAAAUAUCUAUUUCUCAUCCUUUUAUUGUCCAAAUUAAACCCUCGAAAUACUUCAGAUAACACAUUCUCAAGAAAAACAUUUCAAUUUUAACCAAACCUAGAACAAAUCUCAGAACAUCUGAUAUCAACAUGAAAAUCGAUGUUACCGGGUGCUUACAAUAAUUUUGUUUUCGAUUUAUGUUAUAAUUAAAUACAAGAUUGUAUUCAUAUAAAGUCUAGAACAAAUCUGGGAUUAUUUGAAAUCGAUAUUGCUUUUGAUAUUACCAGGGGCUUACAAUAAUUUAUAAUUAUAAAUAUUGUUCUAGUUUUAUUUUAGUCCAGUCACGUGAUAACGUGUUGACACCUAAUUACAUUAAUUUUUUUUCCAAAUAUUAAAUGUUAGGAAUGUAGUGAUAUAAAUAUGAAAAUACGUCUUCCAAAAAUGUCUUCCAAAAUGUAACUCGCAAUAUUAUACCCGGUUGUUCAAAAAGUUUUGUCGAUCAGUAUCGGAAACGCGAUUUCUGAUUUGAAAAAUUUUAUUAUUCACUCACACUAUAAUACGCAUACAUGGCUGUUCGAUGUAAAUAAUUUCCCAAGUUUCUUUUUAAUGUAACAGUCAACGUGAAUCAAGUCCAGUUAAUAAAAAGGAUGCACCGAUUUUCACGAUAUUUUUUUUUUAAUUUGAAUUUUGAAUUUUUUCGCGAAAUUUCCCUAAAAUGAUCUCAAAUUUAGGUAGAGACAUAACAGAUUAAGUCGACAUGUCGACCGUGUACGCUAAACGAUUAUAAAAUCGCUCGAAUGGCGCUUUCAGUACUCGUAGAAUCAUCGAUUAUUUUCGAAUCUCUCAUAAUAAACGAACGGGUUGUCGAAGUGACUUUCAAACAAUGAAAUGUGAGACAAAAAACAACGCAAAUCAUGUCGUAUUUCGAAUGAUUUACAUAGCUGUUAAUCUGUGAAGAGAUAUAAUCGAAAAUAAUCGAUUAUAAAAUCGUUCGAAUGACGCAUUCGGUACUCGUAGAAUCAUCCAUGAAAUACGAACGGAUUGACAGAUUGACUUUUGAACAGUGACGAAACUUAUUGAACAAUUGUUUAUUUUAAAUUUCCUGAAAAGUUCUGUCAAAUAAACACGUUUUGACAGAAUUUUCUUGAAAAACUUAUAAUUAAGUAGAAAAAUUGUUAGUAAAAUAAUUUAUUCCAUAAAUAAAUGACAUACGUCAAUAAA